AUGGGCUCUUCAUUCCUUCGGGUCUCCUUUUCACCCAUACACUCGCUUUUCCUACGACCAACGUCGCUCUUUACGCGCCCCGUCGUCGUCUUCGCCUGCCGGUUGCUUAGGAUGGCCAAAGAGAGCUCACUGCCGCCCAGCCUGAUUCCACACCUCUACGACAGACCACAGGAGCCUCAACGCUCACCAACCACCAGCUCUCAGGAAGACGUCGAUAUUCUCGACAGCUCGCGCAAAUCAGCAUACCCGUUGCGACCAAUCGCUCCCUCCCCACACCUGACCGACUCUCAUCGCCCAUUUCCUGCGUAUGAAUCAGGAGCACCUGAGCAUCAGAGCAGCGCCGUUGCAGGCCCAUCGUCGUAUAGAGGAAAUGUUCCGAUGUCGCAUCCAAGCUCGCGACUACAAGCUCCCUCCAUAUAUCCUGGUGCACAUAGUUUGCCGAAUCUACCGCCUAUUGCGCCGCCACAAGUUCAUUGGAGAGAAGGAGAAGCUGGCCCAUCGUCAUAUCCCGCUGGUCCUGCAUAUCCAUUACCUCAGCCAAUUUAUCGUCGAGUUUCUGAACCAAGUGGUUAUGCUGCUGGCCCUCCCACCACAUACGAUCGCUUCAGAGAUCCUGGCUUCACACCUCGGCCGCAGACGGAUAUUCCUUUUGCAGAAGGCUCCCAAGGUAGAGUAGCAUUGCCGCCGCUAUACCUUCCUCCUCCCAGUCACGAAUGGCCAAGCUAUGGACCGCGACCAGGAGAGGGCGAAGGCCUACCUCCUAUCCAUAGUACUUUGCAAUCGCACUCUCCAGUCUCUUCCGAUCAUCGUGGAGAAGGUAGCGAGAGCUCAUACGCCAGUGCGAAACGUAAGCAGCCUGAAGACGACACCGACCAAAAUGCUCGAAUGCCCAAGAAAAUUUUGGUUGCCUGCGACUUCUGUAGAGGUAACAGGCCGAAAGUUGAGCGCAACCACGCUUGCUUUUACCGCGAUGCACCCAAGCGUCGAGGGCCAGGAAAAGCAGCGAAGGGCACUCGUCCCAAAAAGCGAGCAGCCAGAGGCAGCAAAACAGCACAGGGUGAACCUUCCAGCUCGAGAACCACACAAGAGUUUGAAGAUUAUGUCCCCAAUCUUCGGUCACGGGCGUCCACCGGGCAAUUCCAGCAGCCGUCUUCUUCUUCUGGUCGAUACGAGUCGCCGCCUGGUCGAUAUGACGAAGACUACUCAGACGAUGACUCUCAACAGUGA